CUCUAAAAAGGCCCUAUUUUCCUCCACUCACUUCUCUCACUCGGGCAUCAAGAAGCCCUUUUCUGAAGUUGCCCUCCAGACGAGAGAAUCCCUCUAAAAAGGCCCUAUUUUCCUCUGCCACUCUCAAUCCUAGCAGAUUUUAUAUCCUGUGCGCGGGCUGGGCUGGUAGGAAAUAUGGGGAAAUUUUCCGAAAAAUCGGUAAAAAUAAAUAUCGGCGAUAUUUUCGAAAAAUUACCGAAAUUUCGGUGAUGAAUACUGUGUCGGAGCCGGCCGAUAAGCGAUAUUUCCGAAAUUUUUCGACAUUUCAAUCCUCGGACACAGCAAAGUCCUUAUCAUCCCUCUUGGGGAUGGCCGGGGUUCAGCCUUAAAGGCCCCUAGUAGUGAGCCACGCUUAGCCUCGCAGACUUUCUGGAACCGGCCACAGCCAUAACCAUGGCUGCUACUUUGCUUUCACCUCACCUUCUCUUAAACCCUAAACUAUCCAUACAAACCUCUGCUUCUAAAUUCCCAACACCCAAAUCCCGCUCAACCCCCAAAAUUAGGGCAACCUUCUCCGACCCAUUUGUCCCCCAGAUUGCAGAAAGCCUAGAGGACUCUCUCUCUUCUUCUUCAACCUCUUCUCCACCACCUCUCCAAAAGCUCAGAGACGCCUCCUCACAAACCGUGCUUUCUACUCCAUGGCCUUCUCGCAAAGACGAGCCCUUUCGCUUCACAGACACUUCCCUUAUCAGAUACUCCCAAGUCACCCCUAUUUCACACCCACCAACUUCAAUCGCCAUUUCCACCGACACCCAAUUUCCCAAUCUCUGCAUCGUGGAUGGCCACAUUAUAUAUUCUCUCUCCAAUUUGUCCCAAUUGCCCACUGGCGUUUUCGUAGGUUCCCUGUCGAGCCUCCCUUCUGAAACCAUCACGAAAAGGGUGUCUGAAUUUGUGGCCAAUUUUGAAGGGGACCUGUUUUGGUCCCUCAAUGGGUUGGGCACACUGGACAUGGUUGUUGUGUAUGUUCCGGCUGGGUGUCGCGUGGAAAUGCCCCUUCAUAUCGUGUAUUAGUCCGUUGAGGGUGGGGAUAUCGGGUUUAAGAAGUUACCUGUGUCAAAUCCAAGGGUUUUUGUGUUGGUGGAGGAGGGAGGGGAAAUUGGUGAGAUCGAGGAGUUUGUGGGUGGAGGUGAGAACAAGUGUUAUUGGGCUAAUGCAGUUACUGAGGUAAGGUGAGUAUUCAAGGUAGCUAAUAGAAUGAUUCAAGGUGAAACAUACUAUUCCGGUGUUAGCAAGCAUUUACAACGGCUUAAAUGAAAUCGUUUGUUCUUCGAAACUUGAGAAUAAUGCAUCUAUUUUCCCUAUUUAUUACUUAUAUGGAUGGUUAGGUGAAUAUUUUGACACCCA